UCCACCCGCACAAGAAUAAUCCAACUUUAGUAAUUUUAUUGAUGAAACAAUGUUAUUCAUAUUUGACGUAUUAAUGAAUAAUCCAAAGGAUUCACUUUUCAAGGUUUUGCACUGAUACUGCGUUUGCCUUUUCCAGUUUGCCAUGGCGACUGUGGUGAUGGAGCAGAUUGGUCGCCUGUUCAUCAAUGCUCAACCAUUGCGUCAGAUUCCUCAGCUGCUCGAGUCGGCCUUCCCUACUCUGCCCUGCACCGUGAAGGCCCAUGACGUACCCUGGGUGUUCCGCGAGCCUCACAUCAUUGGAGGCUACAGGCAGCCGGACCACAGCUGGCGCUACUACUUCUUCACCCUCUUCCAGAGGCACAACGAGGCACUCAACGUUUGGACCCACCUGCUGGCCGCCUUCAUCAUCCUGGUGAAGUGUCAGGAGCUGUCCGAGACAGUGGAUUUCCUCCGUGACCCCCAUGCCCAGCCCCUGUUUAUCGUCCUCCUCUCAGCCUUCACCUACUUGUCGUUCAGUGUCCUGGCCCACCUGCUCAACGCCAAGUCCGAGCUCUCCCACUACACCUUCUACUUCCUGGACUAUGUGGGCGUGGCCAUCUACCAGUAUGGCAGCGCCCUUGCCCACUUUUACUACGCCAUCGAGGAGAGCUGGCACGCCCGGGUGCGAGGGAUCUUCCUGCCCACCGCAGCGUUCCUAGCCUGGUUCUCGUGCUUCGGCUGCUGCUACGGCAAGUAUGCCAGCCCGAGGCUACCCAAGUUUGCCCACAAGCUGUUCCAGGUGGUUCCCUCAGGCCUGGCCUACUGCCUGGACAUCAGCCCAGUGCUGCACCGCAUCUACAGCUGCCACCAGCAGGAGGGGGGCUGCUCCAACCAGGCCGUGGCUUACCACCGCUACCAGGUACUCUUUUUCCUGGUGAGUGCCUACUUCUUUGCCUGUCCCCACCCAGAGUGCUGGCUGCCCGGGCGAUGUGACUUCAUUGGCCAGGGCCACCAGAUCUUCCACGUGUUCCUGGUGCUGUGCACCCUGGUGCAGAUCGAGGCGACACGCAUAGACUACAUUGAGCGGAGGCCCCUCUACGAGCGUCUCCAUGGCAACCUGGCCCACGACACAGUGGCGCUCUUCGUCUUUACAGCAUGUUGCAGCGCUCUCACUGCCUUCUACGUGCGGAAAUGUGUGCAGGCGCAAAUGCUUGAGAAAGUGGAGUAGGAGCUGUCAGGACAGAGGGAUAAAUUAGGAUAAGGGAGAAAUACUUUAAUCUGAUUUACACUGGAAAGCUAAAAAUACAAGAGAUUAAAUAAAUCAGACUGUUCAUUUUGUAAAAAGAUGACCUGCUGGGUUUUUUUUCAGUUAUUUUUUUGUGGCCUGCCAAAUGACAUUUUAAAUUGGCAACAUAGACUUUGUCUUGCGAUGUUGACUUUCCAUGAAGACAGAGAAACCUGGUAGUUUCUGUCUGUCACAGCACAAGCAGUACCUGUAACACUUCAAAUAACAUUGUUUCACUUCACAUAAAUGGUAACAUGAAGCUUGGAAUUGAGACUUUUUUAUUGUGUUGAUUUUCCUCUUAAUUUUCCACUCUCUACUCUGAGAUCACAUGUCAUGGCCUAGCUAUCUACUGAAUAGUCAGAAUGACUUUUUGACUAUAUAAAGUAUUUACUGACCAACUCCAAGCAUGACACAAACCAUCUCAAUAGAGGUAUGCAGGAAAGAAUGGAAAGUAUACCCAAAAUGCCCUUAAGUGCAUAAUAAAUAAAUAAUUGAAUAAGAAGAAUUUCUCACCAGCUUUUAUUUCUUAAAAAUACAAUGUGAGUUUCAAAGUGAUUUGACUCCCAAGUCAAAUGUUAGUGCUUAACAAAGACCAGUAAUUAUUAUUUUUUUUAUUCCUUGGUCAUCCCAUGAUAUUCCAGCGAGCUGCAGUCAACACUGCCAAAUGACUCAUUCUCUGUGUUCUAUCUACCAUUUUCUCUGCCCAUUUUCUCCAAAGCUAUGCUUUCUAACCGAUUGAGAGAUGCCUUUACGGGCUGUCAGAUAUAAUAGUCUACCAAUUAGACUUGGCUAGAGGCAUAGAGCACACAAUUUGCAAACCAAACCGAACAUUUCUCCUCUUAAGAAACAAAAAUUGGCCAUUUUACUAACAUGUGGAUUGAUCAUGUCAAAGAACAAAGCUGGCACUCUUAGGAUAGUCGGCGUAAGAAAUGGAUGGAAUUAUGUGCCCAAGAUUACAAUGAUGUCUCUUUGUCGUUGUGAUAAUAUUCCUUUUGUAUUCAAAGGGCUGGAACUUCAGCUAUUUAUUUUUCACACCCGAUGAUGUCAAUGCCUUUGUGUGUAUUGUUCAGUCUUUUCAUGGACUUGACUUUACUCACAAAAGGGCUGUCUGAGUACGGUGACUUACUGUUUGUAUAUUUGUAUAUGUAUGGUUGGGUAUGUAUGUGCCUUGAAGCGUGUCUCUUUGCGUGUAUAUAUGUUUGUGUGUGAUUCAGAUGUGAAUGUGUUUGAAAGCCUGUCUUUGCACUGCUUUCUUAUAUUUGAGACCCUCCUCAAGAACAUUGUAGUCCUCUCAAGUCCCUUAGGGUGACAUUUUAAGUCUGUCACACAGCAGCGAAAGGUGAACAAAUGACUCAUAAUAGAGCUGGAUUUAUUUUAAAACCUAUUUUUAUGAUGUCCAUGAAACUGUGGCAAUAAUAUAUUUAAAUCUAAAGUAAACAAUGCAUUUAUUACACAGGUAUUCAAAUCAGGACCUGGAGACAAUUAUUCCAAUACUCAAUUUGAAUGAAAUGCCAUUUAAAAUGUUAAUUUUAGAUGAAUAAGAUAAUGUUGCCCUUGUGUUCUGUUGUGAGAUACCUCCUAAAAUGUAUGUCAUUUUAUAUGUGCUGAUCAGAUGGAGGUUUGAGGUGGCAUUGAACUUUACAGACCUGAGAGCACUGACGGGUUUGGGUUCAACCAAUGUCACUGAUGUCACCUACAAAGCUUAGACUAAUAUCUAACAGGUGACGAAAAGGUUCAAUCAUGACUGACUUACAGGUAACUGGCAAAAGAAAGGAAACACUUAAGGAAAUGAGGGAUACAAAGUAUAUUGAAAGCAGAUGCUUCCACACAGAUGCGAUCCUGAGUUAAUUAAGCAAUUAACAUCCCAUCAUGCUUAGGAUCAUGUAUGAAAAUGCCCAGUUGCCCAUUAUUUUGGCUACCAUGGCUAGAAGAAGAGAACUCAGUGACUAUUAAAGAGGGGUCUCAAAGGUGCACAGGGGGUUUAAAGUGUGUGUGUGUGUGUCUCAGUCACCAGAACUCAACCCAAUUGAACACUUAUGGGAGAUUCUGGAGUGGCGCCUGAAACAGCGUUUUCCACCACCAUCAACAAAACACCAAAUUAUGGAAUUUCUCAUGGAAGAAUGGUAUCGCAUCCCUCAUAUAGAGUUCCAGAUACUUGUAGAAUUUAAGCCAAGGAGUAUUGACGCUGUUCUGGUGGCUCGUGCUGGCCCAACGUCCAACGUUAAGAAACUUUAUGUUGGCGUACCUUUAUUUUGGCAGUUACCUGAAUUUGAAUUGUUAUGGUUUCACUGAUAAAGUGGUUGCAAUGCUACCACACCUUCUGCAUUGCUUGCUGUUUGGGGUUUUAGGCUGGGUUUCUGUACAGCACUUUGUGACAUCAGAUGAUGUAAGAAGGGCUUUAUAAAUACAUUUGAUUGAUUGAUUGCAAUGACUACAAUACAAUGAUUGUGACCCCUAGUGUCCAAACGACCACUGUAAGCACCAUUCCUAACACAAACCAACUCUGAGUCAUAUAACUGUUAACCUUGAUACUACUGACUCUCACUGUCCUGCACGGAGCCUAAUUCUAACCACUGUAUCCAGUUCUACCCAGCAUUGCAGGUUACCGUUUUUUGUCAGGAAUCUUGUUCUGGAGGCAGCUCUGCGGGGUGGUCACUAGCUGGCACAGCCACAAAGUCAUUCAAUUUAAUUUUAACCUUAACCACACUGCAUACCCCAGAGGUGGCACCACAGGUACCAGAGUGGUGUGACAGAAAAAUAAUUCUGGGGCCCGUAGUUUUUCCUGAUCUGAUAACCUAACCAGUUAAAACUCAUUACUUUACAGUAUGACGUGAUUAAUCUGUUGUAAAAAGGCUGAAUAUGGGCUAUGAUGGGACUAGAGUUGAAAACCAUGUCAAACUGCAGCAACCUUAUAGUUGUUCAUAUUACUAGAAAGACUAGGGGGGUUUCCUAUAAACAGUCAUGGCCAAAGGUUAGAUAUUAGAUUUGUUUUUGCUUUGAGAGAAAAAAUAACAAAAAUAGUUAAACUAUAAAAAGACAGGUGAUUAGAUAAGUGAUCUGUAGUGAUUUUUAUAUAUUCUAUAAAUACUGAUUGUUGCCUUGAGUGCAAUUUGAGUCAUUGUAAUGUUUACUUUUUUUAAUUUUCACAAAGUCUGCUGCCUCAGUUUGUAUGAUGUUCAUUUGCAUAUACUCCAGAAAGUUAUCAGAUGAAUUGCAAUUAAUUGCAAAGUCCCUCUUUGCCAUGCAAAUGAACUGAAUCCCCCCAAAACAUUUCCACUGCAUUUCAGUCCUGCCACAAAAGGACCAGCUGACAUCAUGUCAGUGAUUCCCUCAUUAACACAGGUGUGAGUGUUGACGAGGACAAGGCUGGAGAUCACUCUGUCAUGCUGAUUGAGUUCGAAUAACAGACUGGAAGCUUCAAAAGAAGGGUGGUGCUUGGAAACAUUGUUCUUCCUCUGUCAACCAUGGUUACCUGCAAGGAAACACGUGUCAUCAUCAUUGCUUUGCACAAAAAGGGCUUCACAGGCAAGGAUAUUGCUGCCAGUAAGAUUGUACCUAAAUCAAACAUGUAUCGGAUCAUCAAGAACUUCAAGGAGAGCGGUUCAAUUGUUGUGAAGAAGGCGUCAGGGCGCCCAAGAAAGUCCAGCAAGCGCCAGGACCAUCUCCUAAAGUUGAUUCAGCUGCACCAUCAGUACAGAGCUUGCUCAGGAAUGGCAGCAGGCAGGUGUGAAUGCAUCUGCACGCACAAGUGAGGCAAAUACUUUUGGAGGAUGGCCUGGUGUCAAGAAGGGCAGCAAAGAAGCCACUUCUCUCCAGGAAAAACAUCAGGGACAGACUGAUAUUCUGCAAAAGGUAAAGGGAUUGGACUGCUGAGGACUGGGGUAAAGUCAUUUUCUCGGAUUAAUCCCCUUUCCGAUUGUUUGGGGCAUCCGGAAAAAAGCUUGUCCGGAGAAGACAAGGUGAGCGCUACCAUCAGUCCUGUGUCAUGCCAACAGUAAAGCAUCCUGAGACCAUUCAUGUGUGGGAUUGCUUCUCAGCCAAGGGAGUGGGCUCACUCACAAUUUUGCCUAAGAACACAGCCAUGAAUAACGAAUGGUACCAACACAUCCUCCGAGAGCAACUUCUCCUAACCAUCCAGGAACAGUUUGGUGACGAACAAUGCCUUUUCCAGCAUGAUGGAGCACCUUGCCAUAAGGCAAAAGUGAUGGAUGUGGCCCAGAAGUUAAUUGACAGCAUGCCAGGGCGGAUUACAGAGGUCUUGAAAAAGAAGGGUAAACUCUGCAAAAAUUGACUCUUUGCAUCAACUUCAUGUAGUUCAUGUAGUCAAUAAAAGCCUUUGACACUCCCGAAAUGCUUGUUAAUUAUACUUCAGUAUUCCAUAGUAACAUCUGACAAAAAUAUCUAAAGACACUGAAGCAGCAAACUUUGUGAAAAUUAAUAUUUGUGUCAUUCUCAAAACUUUUGGCCACGACUGUACAUACACAGAGAAAGCAACAUUAUUGGACAAUACAACUCACAGGGCUGAGCUUGUUUUAUGCAGGUUUGCAAUGUUAAGUCCUGCCCU